UGUGAAUGCUGAGCUGUCCUUCUGGGACCCCAGGCAAAAUGAUGUAACUGAGUGAAAAAGCUCUGUAGAAAUAAAUCUCUUCUCCUUCCCCAUUUGUUCUAUUGUGGUGUCAUUGAUGCAAUACUUUAAUUGGGCUCAGGCUUGACACUUUUUUAGUCCUGCAGUAGAAUUGCAUUGUAUGAAAAGAACUCUGCGAUAAAAGCUGGAGAUACUGAAGUUUUGUUUUACAGCUCUGUAUGUGUGCUUCAGCAUUACUCGGGAAGCUGAGGUGACCUUUUUAGUACUUGUGGGGAUUCCAGUUGGAAGAUUUUACUGACCUUGGAUCUGAUUAAUUCCUGAGGAUGGCAAGUAAAGGGCCCACAGCAUCUACAUCCACUGAAAACUCCAGCACUGGAGGGACCAGUGGUAGCAGCAGUAGUAAUGGUGCUGGGGACAAUACUAAUCAGGACAGCACUUUUGAAUGCAACAUCUGUUUAGACACUGCCAAGGAUGCGGUUAUCAGCCUGUGUGGGCACCUCUUCUGUUGGCCUUGUUUACACCAGUGGUUAGAGACCAGGCCAAACAGGCAGGUGUGUCCAGUAUGUAAAGCAGGAAUCAGUCGAGAUAAAGUUAUUCCUCUGUAUGGAAGGGGUAGUACUGGGCAGCAGGACCCCAGAGAAAAAACUCCACCACGACCACAGGGACAGAGACCUGAACCAGAGAACAGAGGGGGAUUCCAGGGCUUUGGGUUUGGAGAUGGUGGCUUCCAAAUGUCAUUUGGAAUUGGGGCAUUUCCCUUUGGUAUAUUUGCCACAGCAUUCAACAUAAAUGAUGGGCGGCCUCCACCAGCUGUUCCAGGGACUCCCCAGUAUGUGGAUGAGCAGUUCCUAUCCCGUCUCUUCCUGUUUGUGGCUCUGGUGAUCAUGUUCUGGCUGUUGAUUGCAUAACUGCUCUAUACCCUGUAUAUUCCUGGUCAUCAGGGUCUCUGAACUAGCUAAAAACUGCUCCCCCAUCCUACUUUAAACCUUUUGGUGUCUGGUUCCAUUGCUAAUCACAGGUUCCAGGAAUCAGUGGUGCCACAACAUAUUGAGGAAUCUCGCAUGUUGCACCAGAACCUUGGAAUUAAAUAACAGUUAAAAAGCAUGUCUUACCUCAGCUAUGUCUCAUACCGCUGGUAUCCAGAUACAACCAUGGACCUAGCUUUGAGCUUCACUCUCAAAGGGAGCGUUGCUUUGAAAUCCUGUGCCAAUCAGCUAGGCCAAGUUUAUGUGGAAGACACUGGUACUGAAGGAGAGUGGGCGGGUGAGAAAAGGAACCUACUGCAUUGUUCAUCAGUAUCACGUGUGUAACAUCCAUGAUGGGAAAGAAAUGCAUCAACUGAAGUUCCAGAACAUUCUUUAAUCUUUUUAUAUCAAAGUCCAGUUCUUGCCAGGAAAUAUCUUGCGGCACUAAUAAGACUUCUUUGGGAUGGCAUCUGCCUGAAAAUGGAAUCAGCUUUGGAGACCGGUGUUCUAUACCUGCUGUUACUCACCAGAGUUGUGAAAAGCCAAUGGCACUUGAAUGGCUGUAACUGGAGGGAUUAAGAAACUUCAGCCUAAAAUGGUAAAAUAAUAUUAAUUUUCUGGAGCUAGACUCUUGAAAAUUCUCUCAUCAUGGGGUUGGGUAGGGUUGUUGGACAGUAGAGUACCUCUCUGGCCACAUGCAGUGCCGUUCCUCAGUGACAAAGCAGUGUUUGUUUUUCUUGGGUUUGUGCAGCUGGUUUUGGCUUUACUCAUGGAUAGUACCUUCAUAACUCUAUUGCUGUAGCUGCACUCACUCCUUCUUCCAAAGUUGUGAGACUUCCAGGAUUAUUGUGUACUCUGAAUAAAAUCAUUUUACAGAUCUGAGAUCAUCUUGUUUGUGGGGAGAGGCCACAAUGGGGAUUUAUUAAGUGAGUUGAAGUUAACUUUUCAAACACAUUUAUUUUGGCAAAAAAUGAAAUCUAAACUUGCCUAGCAGGUGCCACUGUAGGGAAUAGUGUAAGACCAUUGCCUGUAUGGUAGUGCCCAGCUGCUUCCAGCCUAUAAGGAAUAGCUGUAGUGCACAAGCUGCUGCAGGUUUACCAAAGAUAAUAAUUUGAAGGACAGGAGAUUACAAAUAUUUUUGUGCCUGGAGGAGGAUGUUGCAGAAGUUGUGCCCACAACUCUGAAAGCUUUUAUGGAAUUCUGUUAGGUAUAAAGCUUUAAAAAGUGUUUCUGAUUGAUUCUCUGGAUCCACAGUACCUGAAAUAUGAGGGAUUUUUUACCUCUGUUUGACUUUCUUCUAAUUCUAACUGGACACUUUCAAAAGGAUUCUCUUCUGUCUUUAUUUUGAGAUGCUGUUUCUUUGACUCAGAUCACUAAUAGUCAGAGACUCACCUUCUGUAGAGAGGAAUUUUGUGACUUCCUGGGCAAUAAAUCAUGAUAUUUGACACAACAAAUCAAUAUAUAGAAACUCACGGACUUGCUUCAGGAGCUAGGCUUUUUCUCAUGUACAAGGAUGAAGUGCCUGGGCACGACAACCAUGAGCAGUAGCAAUGACACUUACUUGCCUAAACACAAACUGUACAUCCAUCUGUAGCAUGAUGGUGUGGGAGGAACAGGUAGGAGUUUUGUUUGCCUGCUCCAAAAGUCUCCUCAGCAAGCAGGAUUUUGCAAAGCUGGCUUCUGCAAUAGUUGACCUCAUCUAUCAUAUACCAAGAUGCAAGAUCUGGUUGAGUAUAGGUAGUUCAAGUGCUGCUUGAACAGUACAGGCACUUUGGGAGCUUCAUCCCUUCUGAUUGGCUUCUGUAGUGCAUAUUUUGGAAAUUAAGUGCAUUUUUAUCAUCAACUGGCCAUAUUAUGAAGCUUUUUCACUGCCUUGAUGUUUUAUUGAGAGGCAGCUCCACCUGCUGGUGAAAAGGGAACGUUCAUCUGCUAAUGUAAAAGGGAUUUUAUUUCCUUCCCUUCUACCAUUAUUCUGAGAAACUGCUAUGCCAGGAAAGAGAGUGUGUUCUUCCAGAAGUAAUCUGGUAUGAAGAUUAUUUCUUCAAAGCUUUUAUCCUUUGAAGAUGACAGUGAGAGAGUCAGCUGUAACAUGAACAAAAGAGGUAUUAAACCAGACUUAACAAACAUUUUUUUGUUUUAAAAUAUAAAAUUUUAAGCUUAUUUUGCCAGUUACUCUUGAGACGCUGAAGGGAUGAAGACUGAAGUGGCUGCAAUGACAGAAUUUAGAGUCAUUAGUUUCCUGGCAAUCCAAGAAUGAGAUAGUUUAAGUGUUAAUGCUUCUGAUUUUCUUAGUGUGCAUUUUGUAUUGUAUCAUUUUUCCCUCCCUUGUAUUCAGACUGCACAUGGUCUGCAGUUAGAGAAAGAUGGCACAUACAGUGCAACCCUUUACUGUUCACUAAUUUUCACUGUUGUGAAAGUGAUUUAGAAUAAAAAAUGGUUUUACAUUGACCUCAGCCUAUGUGGAUUCCUUUUGGGUAAGGAAGUGCAGUGCUCUUGCCUUGUGCUACUUGGAUUUUCACUGUAGGAGGCAUUACUGUGAACACAGUAGCAGAAAAAAUAUUUUAUAUCUAUAUUAUUGUGGAAAGUGUUAGCAGUAUCAGGGCUGCUGUUGGUACACCUGCUCUGUAGGAGGCAUGUCCAUGAUGUAUUCUUCACUUAAAGAAGUAACCAGUUGUUGCUGUCUUCUGAUAAAUGACAAUGAAACUGUUUUUGAGGGUGCCGGAGACUAGACUUAAAGGGAUAUCCUCUGUACCUACUGAUCCUUUCACAUAGAGUACGUUCCUUGGAGCUGAAGGUGCUACCUGUAUUAGCAUAUAGGCCAGCUAUUUCUAGUCUAAACAGACCAUCUGUGAGAUUGAACUAUGCCUCUUUUGACAGAGAAAGUAAAAAAGCAGGCAUCUCUUUUUCACUACUUAUGUCUUUAAAAAAAAAUGACUAACAUUUUUUUAAAUCAGGAAACUAUCUUGUAUAUGGGGGUGAAUCUGCUCAAGAGUGGGGACUCAUGAAUGGCCUUUUCACACUUCUGCCUGGACUCAAUCUCUCCCAUCCUUUAAUGUCAUUUACAUAGUUGAAAAAGUUUCACCGCCACUAGCAGUCUUGAGAUUUCAGAGGAAGACCAAAAAAACCCCAAAAAACGGCACGAUAAAAGCCUGAAUUGGGGAGGGGUUGAGCGGAGUAAAAACUGCUAUUGUACACUGUAAAGCAGUGGUUCUCAAACUUUUUUUUUUUUUUCACGGACCACUUGAAAAUUGCUGGGGAUCUCAGUGGACCAAAAUGUUGUUUGUAUGAUUAGCUAUCUGUUGUAAAUCGCUUUGGAUAAAAGCGGUAUAUAUAAAACAACUUAAUAAUUAACUUAUUUUGUUUUACAAAUAAAAGCACACAACUCAUAUUUUAA